UUUUGACCGCGCUUUGUAAACACAGGUCAGGAGCUUGAGACCUUGUUUCGUGAAGUGUCGAAGUGUCGAAGUGUCGUGAUCGCCAUCGCUUGAUUAUUCUCUUCGUAAAUAUAUCGGAAACCGAAAGUCAAGCGAAAAUUUAAAAACAUGGUGACGGAUGAAGGCUCGACUGUGAUUAUAACAUUAGUAUUAUAAAACUGUAGUACAUAGAAUUAGUUGCUGGGACAAUGGAAACUCAAGCUCUGACGAACUCUUUGAAGACUGUUUUUAAACAGAAUGAUUUCAAGUCGAAACUCCAAAAGGAAGCGAUAGAAUGUCUCUAUAAAGGGAAACAAGAUGUCUUUGUGUCCAUGCCUACUGGAUCAGGAAAGUCACUUUGUUAUCAACUUCCAGCAGUUAUGGCCGAGGGAAUAACAAUUAUCUUUUCCCCUCUGAUUGCCCUGAUUCAGGAUCAAGUAUCACACUUAAAAUCACUCUCUAUUGAAGCUGAAACAAUUAACUCAAAACUUUCAGCUUCUGAGAGAAAGCAAGUGUAUUCAGAAAUCUAUAAGCUGAAGCCUUUGAUCAAGCUUUUGUACAUCACUCCUGAACUUGCAGCAACACCUGGAUUUCAGAGAGUAUUAAGCUCUCUGCAUAAGAGAAAGCUUUUGUCAUACUUUGUUGUGGAUGAAGCACACUGUGUGUCACAGUGGGGACAUGACUUCAGGCCUGAUUACUUGAAGCUUGGCUCAUUACGAAGACAGUUUAGCGAUGUGUGUUGGAUUGCCCUCACGGCAACUGCUACACCUCCCGUUCAAGAAGAUGUGCUCUCCUCUCUCCAGCUGCACAAACCCACGGCAAUUUUCAAGACUACGUGCUUUCGGCCAAAUUUGUUUUAUGAUGUUUGUUUCAAAGAACUUCUUGAUGAUCCAUAUGCAGACCUUAGGGAUUUUGUUGAGUCAGCACUAUCAGAACAGGACAACAGUGUAGAUGUGGAAAAGGGUAGUGGUAUUAUCUACUGUCGUACACGAGAUGCCUGUCAAGAGGUAGCUUCAAGGCUGAGCAGAAAGGGAAUCUCUGCAAAGGCUUAUCAUGCAGGUCUGAAACCAGCUAAACGAGAUGAGGUCCAGCAGGAGUGGAUGGAUGGAAAAGUUUCAGUUAUUGUGGCCACUAUUAGUUUUGGUAUGGGAGUUGACAAAUCCUCAGUAAGGGUUGUUGUGCACUGGACUUUGCCACAGUCAAUGGAGGGGUACUACCAAGAGUCAGGUAGAGCUGGGAGGGAUGGAAAACCUUCCUUCUGCAGAUUGUAUUAUUCCAAGCUUGAGAGGGAUCAAGUAUUUUUUCUCAUGAAAAAGGGAAUCAAGGAAAGGAAGCAAAGUGCUUCUUCCAGUGGAAGGAAGGAUGAAGCAGUUCAGUCUAGUUACCACGCAAUUGUAAAAUAUUGCGAACAACCAAGCUGUAGACACGCUGUGAUUGCGUCUUAUUUUGGAGACAGCAAACCAAAGUGUCCCAAAGGCUGUGACUACUGUAAAGAUCCUAAUGCAGUAGACAAUCUUGUGGACCACUGGCGCCGCGGAGUAAUGGCAGGUCACAAUAGAAGCGUGACGGCUGGAAGAACCUACAUUACUUACGGUCUGUCGAGCGGAGAAGAUGACGAGCUUUAUGGAGGGGGAAAGUGGGGAUACGACAGAAAGGUAUUUGAAGACGAAGACAAUGAUGAUGAUAGCGGUGCAGGAGCUAGUGAGGAAGAACGUGCUUUCCGAUGUAAACUGAUCGCGAAUGAGUUCAGGAAACGUCGCAGGGGACAGCCUCCGUCCUCUUCGAUCAGUCACCAAUCACCCAGUCCCGACUGUUGUCUCAAAGAAGCAACAAACUACUUACAUAUUCCAAAGCUUUCCGUUCAGGUAAGAGAACAUUGCUUUAGUCUGUUGGAGGAAGCAAUGAAAACAAAUAUAAAUCAGUGUGCCAAAAUGGAAGAUUGUGCAAGGUUAUUGUUUGAGAUGGAGUCCACUUCGGUUGAAAUUGAACAUACUACCUUCAAGAAUAGCAAGUCUGAUCUCGGAUACAAGACUACCAUGCUCAGAAAGGUUAGUGAGGUGAAGUCCAGGACAAGUAAUGGAAGCGUUUUUGUUUGGGAUGGAACCUACUCGAACAGUACAACCUCGUCAACUUCAGUCAUGAACGACACAAACGGAUACUUGGACGAGGAAAAAGAGAAGAGGGACAACAAGGGUUGCGCUUCAUUUGUGUCUGCACUGCAGUUGAUGAAAUCAAGUGAUACCAUAACAAAAGAGCCCGCAGAAUCUAAACAACCUGUUAAGGCUCCUAUUCGUAGAGUGAUUCCGACAAUAAAAUACUUCUUCGAGAUCGGUGGUAAUAGUGAAAUCAAAGAAGAACCCUUGCAGCAAACGCAACAGCCACCGCACCAGAAACCGCAGAAGCAACCGCAGCAGCUGACGAAGCAAAAAACACCAAAAUCACGAUGCGUAGAAAAAGGUGCAAGAACGUCAGCUAAAAAGCGAAAAAGUCACAAACAACCUGCUUCAGAGGGCUUUUGGUGGUUGGAAGAUUCACCUCUUCGCAAGAAGACCAGAUUAGAAGAUAAUCAUUCAAAACAUCGCAGUAAAACUGGAAACGCCGCGAUUUCCAGUGACGUCUUCUUUAGCAAAGCGUCGGAGUUGAAACCUUUGAAACGCGUCAGCAACGGUGCCUCGUGCAAGCUUAAUGAUACAAAUUCAGUUACAUGGCAAAUGCUUGAAAGUUAUUCACCAAAGGACAGGCAAUCGCUGAGCAUUGGUCCUUCGUUAAAGACAAACACUACGGCCUCUAACAAUGGCGUUCAUCAAAGGAGAAGGUCGGAUGAUGGCUCGCCACUUUGCAUCCAUGGUAAUGUCUCGCCAGGAGACUCUGCGGGUGUAAAGGACGUAGCGAAUGUGGUUGUUAAGUACUUGUCUCCGUACCUCAAACAAGGUUCUAUUGCCUCCAAGGCCUUGUUUAAGUUUUUGGCUCGCUGCAUCACCCACAGACUUAUGGGAACUGGCAAAGCCUCUACUUCUUCAAGAAAACAAGAAGUUAAGACGACAGUGAAGAAGUUGUUUGAGGUUUGCAAGAAAUUUGAAAAAGAAAGUGACUGGGAGAAAUACCUUCGAGCUGUAGAAUCUGGCAAGGCAUAAUCAUUACAAAGUUAAUUUCAAGAAUCUCUAUUCAGCGGAUAUUUUUUCUGUCGAAGGAAUGUGAAAAUAUUUUUGUUAUUACAACCGUUGUGUUAAACACUAAAUGAGACAAUUUAAGUCAAAUUCAUUAUUUAUAUGACCAUAGUAAGUAAAAUUAUUGAAUUAUCAGAAUUGACAAAG